AUGUCGGCCACAGAACAACCUCCGCUCAAGCGUCCUCGGACUUCUGAAGAAUCUUCGACAAGGGGGGAACAAUCUGGACCGCAACUUGUGCAGUCGGAAGAUCUCUGGUUCGAGGAUGGCAGUGUCAUCAUCCAGGCGGAGUCGACACAGUUUCGGGUCCACAAGACCGUUCUUGCUCGCUCAUCGAGCAUGUUUUGCGAUGUUUUCCAGCUUGGAGAAAAAUCUGCGUCAGAGGCUGCUGUUGACGGAUGUCCAGUAGUCCAUGUCUCCGAUUCAGCUGUCGAAAUGCACCAGUUCCUGCGUCUCUUAUACGACCUUAAAUACGGCCCGGACGAGUUACCGACUUUCAGUCAAAUCUCAGCCAUGUUACGACUGGGGAGAAAUCCGGAUGGACCCCCAUAUAAGCACUUUGCUAUGCAACCAGGUGUCUUGUUCGACAUUGUUACCCUCGCCCAGGAGAUGUGCAUCCUUUCAAUCUUGCCUGUGGCAUUGUUCUACUGCACCAGGCUUCCCUUGGUGGAAGACCGCGAGGGAAGAAAGACAGCUGCGUUCCCUCCCCGUGUAAGGUUCUGUUUCUGGAGGGACAUAAAUCUCAAGCACCUAGAAAUCAAAUCCGACCCCAACCAUGACCAGAUCCCUGAUGAUGAAUGGCAUAUAUUGUAUUCCCUCUUCCAAGCCAUCGGCGACAGUUGCCGGACGUGUUUCGACCCACACGCAAGGCCCGAAGCGGCAGCAUCCUACAACGGCCAGGAGAACGUACACAUCCAAACACUUGCGCGGGGGUGCCUAAGACUGAGGCUCGUCUUGAGGCAGAAUUUUGGAAAGAAAGUGACCAUAAUCAUCCAGGACGUGGAUUAUGCAGGAGCUGGAGUGGUACACCGGGGGUGA